AUGAAGACGCUCUGCACGUUUGUUUUCAGCUAUCGCAUCUGGCGGAGCGUACAGGAGGGUCAAGAGGCCGCAGAUCUCGCUUGUGCUCGUGCUUGGCCUCCCCUGCAACAGGUCGAUCGCGAUCGCAGUCGACGUGGGCUGGAGCUGGAACAACCACGCGAUACUCUCCAGGCUGCUUCAGGGCUGCAUCGCCUUCGAGACAGGGCUAUGACACCACACAUGGCAUUCUUCGAAUGCCCAUUCCAUGCCACUCGCGACUGGCGUAAUUUCCGCUGGGUAUCGUUGGCGGUCCUCGAGUCACCCUCUGGUGGAGCCGACGUCAUGGAUCUGGUUCUAGAACCCAAGGCUCAGACCAUGCAGCACAGACCCCAUCAAUCCACCCGUCCUCCCAUUCGUCCCAACGCAACCUAA